ACAUCAUCCAUCCACAGCCAAUUAAUCUCAUCAGCAUGAGUUUCCUCCUCUUAUCCAAGCGUAUGCCCACCCGCUGCAUCCCCCUCGCCCGCACACUCGUAACCAGCCGCCCCCCAAAAGUUUUUACACCCGGCCGAUUCGGUAUUGCUUUUGACAUAGACGGUGUUCUCCUCCGUGGACUAGACCCUCAUCCCUCGGCUAAAACGGCGCUCACGAAAUUGCAAGAGAAUGACAUUCCCUUCAUCCUCCUGACCAACGGGGGUGGCAUCUCGGAAGUAGCCAGAUGCGAGGACCUCUCUUCAAGGCUGGAUUUCCCGAUCGCCCCAUCCCAACUCGUCCAAUCGCACACUCCGGCAAAGAACUAUACAAAAUUCUACGAAACAAUUCUCGUUGUCGGCGGGGAAGGCGAGAAUUGCCGUAAGAUAGCGGAGGAGUACGGCUUCAAGAACGUCUUCAUCCCUGACGACUUCUACGCCACAGACCCGCACAUAUCCCCCUUUAGCACCUCGCCGCCUCCGGCCUACGCGCGAAAUGUCCCGAAGGGGACGAAAAUCGAUGCUAUUUUCGUGUUCAAUGACCCUCGGGACUGGGCGCUGAGCACACAGGUUAUAAUCGAUUUUCUGCGCUCUGAUAACGGUGUGUACGGCACACUCGCGGAGCCGGGACAUAUGAAGCCGGUGCCGACGUUCUUCACGAAUAGCGACAUCGUCUGGGCCAGUACGUAUCAUAUGCCCAGGCUUGGGCAGGGUGCGUUCAAAGAGGCGGUUCUCUCGAUUUUCCCCCGCAUUCCAGGAGCAACCGGGGGAGCGCACCUCCGGAGUCUUGGGAAACCGACUACGCCCGCCUUUAGGUAUGCACAGCGUUUGCUGGAACAAAAUCUCGUCGCGAAGCUCAAAGCGACAUCCCCGGAAUUCCGAGUCUACAUGAUCGGUGACAGCCCGGACAGUGACAUCCGAGGCGCCAACCGAGCCAGGAUCAAUGGCACAGUCUGGUGGAGCAUCCUCGUGCGAUCUGGCGUCUGGCGCGAGCCCUAUCAUGCCAAAUCACCCAUAGCCAUAGUAGACGACGUCCUCGCUGCCGUCGACUGGGCCAUGGAAAACGAGCAAAAGAUCAAGGAUGGAGUGGCGCUCGAGAAGUACCCCUCGAACCUGCGGCCCGGGUUCAGACAGCUGCGUAGGAAAGGCCUGGUUAGGGGGUCUUCGCCGGAUAGUGGUGGUAAGGUGGAGGUGGGCGACAUCGGGGGGGAAGAGAGUGCUCGGCUAGAGAAGACGGAUGGUGCUAUGAAGGAGAAGGGUGACGGUGCUUUGGAGGGAAAGAGGGCAAAUGGGGAGAGUGGCUCUCACUCUGAUUAGACUUACUAGCUUACCCACUCGGGACGGGGAGGAAUGCUUGGAAUAAAAAAGUUCUCUUCCUCCCUUUCGUGUAGUUAUUAUUUGUACAACCAAUUAUUCUCUCAACUUUA